CAUGCACUGCAAUGAAGAUUUCCCGCCAAAUCUAGUUGUACCAGACGCCAACAAGUGGUGAUCCUGCUGACAGUAGUGAUCCAUCGAGAUAUGAUCAUUGUUCUGCUUAUAAGAGUAGGGCCUACCUCAUUGGAGUUAAAACACGUGAAAAUUGAUCUGUUAAAUCUAUCUGUUUGGACAAGUAAAUUAAAAUAAUCGUUAUAUCACAUAUACUUAUCAAGAUGUAUGUAAAAGUAAGAACAAUGGAUGGUAAACAGGAGGCAAUAUUAACAAUUUCUAAGUUAACUGAAGUUGAAGAUUUUAAGCGUGAAAUAGAAAAGGAAUUAUCAAUAGAAGUUGAUAUGCAACGGCUGUUCUUCCGUGGCAAACAAUUAGAAAAUGGUUAUAAAUUAUAUGAUUAUAGUAUUAAUUUAAAUGAUGUUAUACAAUUAAUGGUAAAAGUUAAACUAGAUAAUAUAGAUAAUAAAGAUAAAGAUAAUAAAGAUAAUGAAAAUAGUAAUAAUAAGAACAAUAGUAAUAAAGUCAAAGAAAAUACUGAAGUAGAGGUUAUUGAAGAACCAAAUUUAGAAGAAGCAGAAAGUUUAUAUUAUAAAACUGGAGAUGCUGUUGACUGUCUUGAUCAAGUGCAUGGAGCUUGGUUUGAAGCAAUUAUAAAAAAAAUAUUUAAACAAGAAGAAAAAAUUAUUUAUAAUAUGCAAUGGGAAUUUGAUAAUCAUGCACCUCCAUUUAAUGUACCUGAAGCAUCUAUUAGACCUCGUGCUAGAAGACUUAUACCUAUUGAGGAUUUGCAAAUAGGUCAAAAAGUAAUGGUAAAUCAUAAUGUUGAUGAGCCCAAAGAGAUAGGACUUUGGUAUGAUUUUACAAUAUCAAAAAUUGAAAAGAAAAGAAAAUUACAAGAGUUGACUGGAACUUUAUAUAUUGGCAGAGAUAAUCAACUUGAAGGUCAUAAAAUAAAUCCCAAAGAUGGAAUAUAUGACAUAGAACCUCCAAAACUUUUGUCUGAAAGAACACCAGAGGAAGAGAACUAUAUAAGUAAUGGUACACGAAGACGAGUUGCAGCUUCUUGUACUAACUGUAUGGAUGAUCCUAAUGAAGAAUGUAAAGAAUGUGGAUGCAGAGUUUGUGGUGGUAAAGAAGAUGAACAUAACCUACUGCUCUGCGAUGAAUGUAAUUUUGCAUAUCAUUUACGUUGUUUAAAUCCACCUUUAACAUCAAUCCCAGAAGAGGAUUAUUGGUAUUGUCCUGAAUGUAAAAAUGAUGAAAAUGAAAUUGUUAAAGCAGGGGAUAAAUUAAAGCAGUCUAAGAAGAAAACUAAUACUAAUGAAAAUAGCAAUAAAAGGGAUUGGGGAAAAGGAAUGGCUUGUGUAGGUAGAACAAAAGAGUGUAGUAUAGUUCCACCAAAUCAUCGAGGUCCUAUACCAGGUGUAGAAGUUGGUACAUGUUGGAUAUACAGAGUGCAGGUUUCUGAAGUCGGUGUACAUAGGCCACAUAUAGCUGGAAUACAUGGUCGUGAAACUGAUUGUGCAUACUCCAUUGUCUUAUCUGGGGGUUAUGAAGACGAUAUUGAUAAUGGAGAUGAAUUUAUGUAUACUGGUUCUGGAGGCAGAGAUUUAUCUGGAAAUAAAAGGACUGCUGAACAAAGUUGUGAUCAAACAUUAACAAGGAUGAAUAAAGCUUUAGCAGUAAAUUGUAAUGCUAAACUUGAUCCAGUAAAUGGAGCCACAGCUGAGGAUUGGAGAGGUGGAAUCCCUGUAAGAGUUGUACGCAAUUUUAAACUUGCAAAACAUAGCAAAUAUGCACCAAAGGAAGGUAACAGAUAUGAUGGUAUAUAUAAGGUGGUAAAAUAUUAUCCAGAUACGGGUAAAAGUGGUUUUCGCGUAUGGAGAUACCUAUUACGCAGGGAUGAUCCUGCUCCUGCUCCAUGGACUCGAGAAGGUCAAGCAAGGAUAAAUGCACUUGGUUUAAAACCAUUAUAUCCUGAUGGUUAUUUAGAAGCAAUGAAAAAAAAUCAGCCAAAUAAAAAACGUGUUAUCGAAUUGCAAAAUGAAGAAUUACCAAGCUCUAAAGAGACUGUACAAACCAGAAAAAAACAAAAACGUGAAAUUUUUAAAUUGGACAGUGAACUUAUAAAAUUCAUAGAUGAAGAUACUGCUAAUGCAAAAAUUUGGGACGAAUGUCGUUUAGCUUUAUCAAAUGGAAAAGCUGCUUUUUUACAACGAGUUUCGGAGAGAUUUACUUGUGUUUGUUGUUUAGAAGUUGUUAAUAAUCCUAUAACUACACCUUGUGCUCAUAAUAUUUGCCUUACUUGUCUAAAACGAAGUUUUUCAUCUGGAGUUCAUAAUUGUCCAUCAUGUCGUCAUAAUAUGGAGAAGGAUUAUAAAAUGGAUGUCAAUGAGUCUCUUGCUUCUGCAUUAUUAAUGCUUUACCCAGGUUACAAUGUUGGCAGAUAGCAUCAUAAGUAUAAAAAAUAUA